UCCCUCCGUCCUCGGAUGAACCUCCUCUUUCUCUCUCUCCCUUCACACACACACACACACACACCCCCACACAUCGACACACACGUGCAGCCCUGACACAAAGUGUGUGUGUGUGUUUUCAUUCGUGAGAUGCCAUUUCUCCCAGAGGACUCUGAGGGACUCCAUGUCUCUGCUCUCCUGAAACGUAUUUGUGUUCAUAGGUGUGGUGGGGGGUAUGGGGGGGUGUUUCCGGCCCUGCGAGGUCCAGCCUGUCUGACUCAGUGACGUCUGAGCAGAAACACAGUGUCAGUCUGCAGAGACCGGACCAGCAGACAGCAGCCGGAUUACCUCCGACCAUCAUGGGCCCGCACGGCACCAACAGAGCUGUUCAGCGGCUGGAGUUUUGCAACUGCAAGAAGGGACUCGGUGUGAAGAUCAUCGGGGGGUACAGAGAUCUGACCGGAGAAGAGUUCGGGAUCUACGUGAAGAGAGUCGUCGCCGGGGGGCUCGCCGCUCAGGAUGGGCGCUUGAGGUCCGGUGACCUGAUUGUUGACGUCAAUAACAUCAGUCUGAUGGGCGUGACCAAUGAGAGGGCGGUGGAGAACCUGAGGAUGGCGUCGCUCUCCAAUCACAUGACGCUGCUGAUCGCCAGAGACGAGGAGUCCAGGAGGGAGUUUGGAGAGCUGAUGGAAAAAUACGGAUCCAAUAAUAUCUCCUCUUCAGGACCCAUGUCUCCCACACAGACCGCCACAGUGUCAGGGAGGCUGACGGACACGGCCUCCUCCUCCUCUUCCUCCCGGUCGGAGAGUCCUCAGCUGCUGAGUCCUAAAGAGGGGGUCACGGCCCCCCCACACAGCACCACGCUGCCCCUCCACAACGUGCACAACCCCCCGCACGCCUUCAGUGACAGUGGGAUCCAGCUGAUCUGCGUUUCCAAGGGAACAGGCUUGGGGCUCGUCAUCAGGGGCGGAGCUAACCGUGUCGAUGGACCAAUGGUGUUCAUCCAGGAAGUGGUUCCUGGAGGAGACGCCCACAAGGACGGGCGUCUGCAGGCCGGGGAUCAGCUGGUCUCCAUCAACAAAGAGUCUCUGAUCGGAGUCACGUACGAGGAGGCGAGGAGCGUCCUGACCCGGACCAAACUCAGACCAGACCCCACGGUGGAGAUCGCCUUCAUCCGGCGCCACUCCUCCUCCGACUCGUCCUCUGGACUCCACAGCCCCGUCUCCCAGCAGGGGUCGGCGGGAGGAUCCGUACCCCAGCAGAGGGCCUCGCUGCUGGGAGCCUCAGGGGCCCCGGGCUCCAGGAUCACCUCCAGCAGACACCCGGCCUGCGAGAUUCUGCCGGCCGUCAGCGUCACUCAGGUGAGAGUUCCUGCAGUGAGAGCCGAGGCGACGCCAGAGAGCGACAGCAGCACAGAGACAAACCCUGAGCCUCCUCACAGGAAGCUUCCGCUCAGAACAAACCGGCGCCUCAAAGUGGACAAGCUGGAGCAGGCUCUGUGUGUGUUGGGUCUGCAGCUCUCAGUCUCUCAGCAGCAGAUCCUCCUCUGCAGACUGAGGGCGGACGCUGGAGGAACCGUGGCCUUCACAGACUUUGAGAGUCAGGUGCGGGAUCUGUUCAGGUCUCAGCUGGAGGACUCAAGCUUCUCGUCUGAAGAUCUGUCUGCUCUGUUGGAGUCGCCAAAUUCACGGACAUCUAGGUCGGACUCGGAGGAUCUGGAAGAGAUGGAGAGGCUGAGGAAGGAACACAUCGAGGCUCUGAGGGAAAUCAAGAGGCUGCAGGAGCAGCUGGGGGAGUCUCAGAGGGUCCACCAUCAGACAGAGGAGGAGCUCAGUAAAGUUAAACAGGAAGUGAAGCUCAUGUCGGAGGAGAGUCGGGCCCUCCGGACUCGGGUCCAGCUAGCGGAGGCGGCGCAGAAGCAGGCGAGGGGGAUGGAGAUGGACUACGAGGAGGUGAUCCAUCUUCUGGAGGCCGAGAUCGCAGAGCUCAAGACUCUGAGGGCGGAGCAGCCGGGGAUCCCGACCAAUAAGGACGACGCAGAGGAUCUGAAGAAGAAAGUGGCCGUCCUCGAGUGUCAACUACGGAAGAGCGAAGCGACCAAGAAGGGCUUCGAGCUGUCCACGGGGAAACUGCUGAGCUUCGUCGAGCUCCGGGGACGUAAAGGUCAGCGCGGCGUCUCAAGGCAUGGCCCCCCGCUACAGGAAGACCCCCUGGACGGCGCUGACGCUGGCUCAGGAGGCCAAGGAGCUGGCCCGGACGGUGCGGGCCCUCCUGGAGGUGGACUUGCUGACCUUCUAGAGGAUUCGUCUCUCUGCAGGACGUCUGCAGGACGACAGCCCCCCUCACCUCCUCAGACCCUCAGCUCCUGUAGCUCUGGACUCCGGCUCCUCUGCAUGACCCUCUGUCCAAACAGUUCCCCACGCUCUCUGUCCUGAGUCCAGCAGCAGUUCCUCUAGCUUUAGAGCUGCAGUGUUCUGAAGCAUAGCGUGAAACCUCAUCUUUUGAGAGACUUGCCGUAGGUCUACGGGUCACACCGUAAGGAAGUGGACUUUAUUGAAGUUUGACUUUUUGCACAUUGGCCAGUUUGAGACGCAGUGCGAGUUUACCUCCAGGCUCGGAUCCACCUGGAUCAGCAGGUCUUACCUCUGCUAACCUCUGGUUCAAUGAACUGUGUUUUAAUACAGACGACUCACUCACUGUGCUUCUGUUUGACCGAGCUAAAACAAGACAAGACACGAGGACCACAUACAUUUAAAAUAAAACUGAAAUCGUGAAUCCGUUGGACCAUCAAUCCAAACAUCCAAAAAGGUCUGCCAACUCCAGAGCCGCGUAUUUGGAAGAGACAUGCAGAUGAAACCUUCUGUGUUUAGGGGUUGUUGCAUAUCUUCCAGGGGAACAACAGGUCGGUGUGAGCAGCUUUUAUUUUAGCAAUUACAGCUGGUGCCAAAACGUUUGGAUCGCAGACAAAGCUCCCCGAGCGUUGGUGAGGUCCUCUAGAUUUCCCCCAGCCUCCGUCUCGUUAGCAUCAACCAAACCUUCCUUUAACACGCGAUAUCAAACUUCACUUAUGGUCUGCAUUUACUGUUAGAAAUAGGACCUGUAGCUGUCUGCCUCUCUGUGGUUAGCUGUCUCUUUGAGUCUCUGGAUGCGCCUCCGUUUAGAUUAGACCACAAAUCAAAGACUAGAAGCAUUAUUACAAAGAGGAGGAAUCCCAAAAGUAUAAGUGAACCUCCAGAAACAAGGUCCUGAGGGACGGACAGGAACUCUAAGGGAGCCUCGAUACUCCUACGGGAGUCUGACAGCAGCAGGGACUAAAGGACGGUCCAGCCUGAUUGGACGCUUGCAUGCUUGCAUCAUGUUUGGAUUCUGCUGUUUGUCUUCUGUCUUUAUCUGAGUAAAUAUUCUGAAACAACA